CCUGGAAGGAUAGCGCUGAAAAGGAGGCGGAGGCGGAAUUGAACCAAAAACCAAACUUUUCUGGUUUGCACAGCCGCGAUAAGACUGUAGUUACUGUAAUGUUAUUCAAGUCACUGGUGGGGAGUGCCUGCACUCUGAUAGGAGCAGCUACAGCCUUUAAGUUUGCCUCUGUGGAAGCGAAGUCCCAGGCAGCUGCUCUCCUUCACAGCACUGUGAGGAAAUCCCAUCUAAUCCAACAAACCAACAUGAGGGUUGAACUUCUACCGGCGCUCAGUGACAACUACAUGUACCUGCUGAUCGAUGAAGACUCUAAGGAAGCUGCCAUUGUUGAUCCUGUGGAGCCAAUUAAGGUUGUUGAAGCUGUCCGAAAACACGGCGUUAAACUCACAACCGUUCUGACCACCCAUCACCACUGGGAUCAUGCAGGCGGAAAUGAGAAGAUGGUGAAGCUUAUGCCAGGGCUAAAGGUCUAUGGAGGAGACGACAGAGUCGAUGCCAUUACAAAAAAAGUUUCCCACUCCAACAGCUUCAAGCUUGGAUCACUCAACGUGAAAUGCCUGUUCACGCCUUGUCACACAACCGGUCACAUCUGCUACUACGUGACUAAAGAAAACAGCUCAGAGCCACCUGCUGUUUUCACCGGUGACACUUUAUUUGUGGCUGGCUGUGGUAAAUUCUUUGAGGGUACGGCAGAGCAGAUGUACAAAGCCUUGAUAGAGAUUCUGGGACGACUUCCUCCGGAAACGCGUGUUUACUGUGGCCAUGAGUAUACAGUCAGCAAUCUGAAAUUUGCACGCCAUGUUGAACCGCACAAUGAAGUCAUUCAGAAGAAGCUCGCAUGGGCAAAGGAGAAGUGCAACGAUGGAGAGCCAACCAUCCCUUCUACUUUGGCUGAUGAAUUUACAUUUAAUCCCUUUAUGAGAGUAAAAGAGAAGUCUGUCCAGGACCACGUGAAGCAGACAGAUCCAAUUGAAACCAUGAGAAGCCUCCGAAAAGAAAAAGACAGCUUCCGGGUUCCUAAGGAGUAAAGUCCAGUGGUUUCUUGCUUUUAUCUCCUUAAAGGACUGCCACUUUUCCAUCAAACUAACAAAUAAAUACAGCUAGACCUCAAAGCCAUUUAGAAUAGAUCCACUACAUUCAUCCCUUGCUGAAUGUAUCCACUGUUAGCACUAAAGAUGAGAUGCAUCAAAACUGUACGUUUUCUUCAUGGAGUUCUAUUUGGAUAGUUUGGGGAAUGUUGAUGCGACUGUUUUAAAGAAUAUAUGGCUUUAAGAGAUGCAUUUAUUUUAAUUUGUAAAUGCUUAAAAAUGUUAAUAAUAUAUUGAAGUUCUAACACUUUCAUUCAGUGUGUAAUUUUCAUAAUGAAUGGGAGCUCUGUAAGGAAAAAUCAAUCAUUUCUGUGGAAGGAUUAAUAUGAAAUAGUAGUUUUGUUUAAAAUCAGUUUUAGUGUGAUUGUCUCAUUGUGUCAGUUCUUCAUUUGCUUUAAAAUUAGAAUUCAACAGAACAGAUUAAGUUCUAGUUUCAUCAUGACUGAUGAGUGUGUCACUAAAACAUGAUACAUUUACUGAAUGUCUUUAAAGCACAAUUUAUAAAAGAGCACUGCAUGAUGUUCUUCAGAAUAAGCAAUAAAAAACAUCUGUUUAAAGAAAGUCAAAUGUUAUUUGAAAUAUUAAAAUCCUUGUUUUUUUGUGUGAACACUAUACCCGUCAUACAGUUCGUGUAGUGAAGCACCUUUUUUAGCUUUCUUGCUAAACAAAACAGUAAAAUAAGAAAAAUAAUUUAUAAGCUAUAACUUAUAUAUAUGGAUAACAUGUACUUUUUCAGUCAUUGCUCUCUUUCAUUCUGAUUUAUGUAUCUUUUUUAAAAAGUUGACCGAUUUUACAGUGUUGCCAACUUUUUGAAAAUCAAAUAAGGGACAAUCAGGCAAUGUCUUCCAUCCUACCAACAUUAUGAAUUGAUUGUUGUCUUAUUUGUGUUUGAAUUGACUUUGUAAACAUUUAUAUUGAGCCUAUCUAAUUAAAUUAGACACCUGAUUUUGUUUCUUAUAAUAAUAAUAUGGGACAAUUGGCAACCCAGAGAGAUGCUUUUAUUUUUAUUUGUAAAUGCUUAAAAAUGUUAAUAUAUUCAAGUUCUAACUUUUUUUUCUGCCCAUUUCAUAAUAAAUGGGAGCUCUGUAAGGAACAAUGAAUCAUUUCUGUGGAAGGAUUUCAUAUGAAAAGUAUGUUUUAAAUCAGUUUUAGUGUGAUUGUCUCAUGUCAGUUCUUCAUUUGCUUUAAAACUAGAAAUUCAACAGAACAGAUUAAGUUCUAGUUUUAUCAUGACUGGUGAGUGUGUAACUAAAACAUGACACAUUUACCGAAUGUCUGUAAAGCACGAUUUAUUAAAGAGCACUGCAUGAUGUUCUUUAGAAUAAGCAAUAAAACAUCAGUUGAAAGAAAGUCAACUGUUAUUUGAAA